AUGACCCCUCCCAAAGAGCCUCGCCCUCUCACAUCCACCGUCGCCGAGACGGAAACCGACAAGAUCGCCUCACUGCGCCUGAUCGCCGACAGCAUCGCGCAGCAACACCAAACAGCCGCCAAAGCAAUCAUCCUGCAUCCAUUCUGGCUCGCGACCAUCGCCGUCUGCCUCACGCUGACCUACCGAGUCCUCUUGCGCAACCAAAGCGACUGGCCCGCCGUCGUCCUCACCUGGGCCGGGUGCGUGAUGGCAGGCCUCGUGGCCGUGCGAUACUUGACCGCCUCCUACCUCGAGCACGCCGAGCGGACGGGGACCUGGAAAUGGCUCUACGAGGGAUCGGGACACCGCGCAGGGGCACGGCGCGUCGACGGCGUGUGCGAUCACAUCCUCAUCACGAAGCUGGGCGACGAGGUCAUCGGGGUGCUGAUCCUGCGGCCGGUGUACACGUCGGCGGGCAUCGAGCCGCAUAUUCGCGGGGCAAGGCACUUCGUGCGCGGCCAGGAGAUGUGUUUCCCCGUGGGCGUGAUCCGGGCGUGGACGGUGCAGCGACGCUAUCGCGGCGAAGGAGUGGGACGGGAGCUGCUGCAGCGGGCGGUGGGAUUGUGCCGGGCGCAGGGGUGGGGAGGGCCGAUAUUUUCGCAGAAGCAUGCGAAUGCCGCGCAGGGGGUGGCGAGGUGGGCGUUUGAGGGGGGAGAGAGCAGGGCGAGGACGCUGUUGGCAAAGAUGAUCAGGGGGAGUCGGUGA